UAGAUUUAAAAAAUUUUACAAAUCCUGAAUCUGAUGAAAUCAUGCAAGAUCAAAUGCUAACAAGAUACACGUGAUAUUGAAAAUUGUUCAUAAACGACAUGACAAAUUAAUUUUUACAUCAUCACAUUUUUUUAAACAAAAAUCAUCAUCACCAUCACCAUCAUGUCUAAUGAUAAUCAACCAUCCAGCAAUGAUGCUGAUAUGAUCGAAAAUAUAAUAAAGACAUCUAUGAGCAUUGAUGAACGAUCAACAAUCGAUGAAUUGAAUCGCCAACAAUGUUAUGAAUAUUUGGACAUAUCUCAUUCAACACCAUCACAGUCAUCAUUUUCAUCAUCAAAUAAAAGUCAUUCGAAACGGAAAAACAAAUCAAAUUCUGGCCAUAACGAAGAUGAUGAUGAUGGUGAUAAUAUCAAUGAAAAAAUGUGGUGCAUCAGUCACAUGGGAAAACAUCUGAUAAAUCGUAAAGAUUCAUUAUUACGAUUACAAUGUGAUCUGUAUGCUGGUCAUAAAUGGAAUUCAUUCACACAACUAACCGAUGCAUUAAUCAUUGAUCGUCGUCUUCCAUGUUAUAUAUUGAUGAAAAAUUUCUUAUUCACAUUAUAUCGAUCCGAACCAAAUCAUUUAUCCAAUGGUGAUCGUAUGCAACAAACAUGUAAAUUCAUAUGGAAAUUAUUAUUUGUAUUAGAUGAACGUUAUGAAACAAUGAUUGAACUUAUCAAUUAUUUCAUCCAUGUUGGUGAUCAUCAUCAACAGCCAUCAUUAUUGACACAAGGUAAAUCAUUCAUGAAUGAUCUAAAUAAAGAAUUAGAACAUCGAUUUAAAGUUGGUGGUAAAAAACGGCAAAUUUUAAAAUCCUAUCGAAUGUUGAUAAUAAUUUUUCGAAUCUAUAUGGAAUAUUUGGAUUUGAUCGAAUUGAAAUGUAAUAGACAGAUAUAUGCUUCUGUAUCGGAUAUACGUGUUGAAAAAUUGAAAACAAAUUUCACCGAUAUAAUUGAUCAUCUCGAGAAUGAACCAUUACCGGAAUUGAAUUGGGAUAUUGUUCCAAUGAUAAUGUUAGAAUUGUUACUUGGUUAUCAGAAUAAUAAUAUUCAAGAAGCAUUCGAAAUGUUGUUGAAAUAUUCGAAAAUUUUUCCCGAUAAUCUUAAUGGCUAUGUUUUUCUAUAUGAAUUCACGAAAAAAUUCAAUCAUCUUAAUAUAGAUCAUCAUAUUCAAAUAGAUUGUUUACGAAAUAUCGUAAGAUUAUGUCCAGAUUCUAAAUAUGUUUUAUGUUUAAUUAGACAAAUUGUGGAUGAUGAGCCUGUCGAAUGUUUAGAAAUGAUUUGUGAUUUUCUUGAUUAUAAAUCCAAUUAUGAUUCAUUGAAAGCAUGGAAACUUUUGCAUCAAACAUUGAUACGUCUUUUCAAUACAACAACAACAACAAACGAUAAUUUAUUACAGAUACGAAAAUAUUUGCAUCAAAAACUUAACCAUUGGCAACAUAUUCAUUUUCGUUUGGAUCAACUCAAUAAUUAUAUAAACAGAUUACGACGAAAUGGUUGUUUGGAUGAUUUAUCUGAUUCAAAUUAUGAUAAUGAUGAUGAUGAAAUUCUAUCAAUAGAUACAUCAUCCACUCGAUCAUUGUCAUCCAAUGUUCAAAAUCUAUAUAGAUUUAAAGGAAAAAUUAUCGAAGAAAUUCAUCGCCAAUUUCCCGAUCUGAUUAAUUGUGAUUUUACACAUUUAAUAUUUUUUAAAAUUCAAUCUAAUAUUAGAAUGCGCAUGUUUUUCAAUACGGCUAUAGAUUUUGAAAUUGGACAGAAAAAAAAAAUCAUGGAACUCUAUCCAACCACAACCAUUACUACUACCAGUUUUUAA